AUGGCCAAGAAAAAGAAGACGCAAUUGAAGGCUGUUGCCCGCGGGUUCGCAACUACAUCGGUGCCCAAGAAAGCUGACAUUACGGAGACCGCACCAUCAACGUCAGACUGUUGCCAAGUGCCAGAAUGUCCAGAGAGCCGACCGAGUUCCACUGAGGAUACCGCUCAAAAUGAGCCCAACACCCAGGUCGUUGAGCAGCAACAAGUACAAAAUCUACUCGGUAAAUAUCAGGAUAAGGUAGAGAAGGACAUAUCAAAGACGAUCAAGGCCAUCGAAGCUGAUCGACGGUACUCGAGAACAUUUUUAUCUUUAUCAGUUGAUCCCGCACUUGUAGAUCAGAUUUUUCAGUUGCACCAGGAAGAAGAAGCCCUAGAAGUACGGAAGUAUCUCGACGAACCUGUAGAGAAGGUCGCGGCUCGUGCGGCCGUCACAUACGGGAUAUUGCGAAGGCUCGGUUUUGCAGUGGAUAAGGUCGAACAGUGUCUGCAUACUAUCCAAGGUGUCGACCUUGACCAAGCCUGUGAAUGGCUGUAUGUCCACUGUUCCGACGCCGAACUGGAGAAUGACACAACUUUGUCACAUGCGAAAAGGGGAGACCCAAGUAGAACUCCUCAAGAUGUCCAGGGUGUUCAGGUUCCCUCCGACAUUACCCGUGACAUUCAUUGUUCCCAGAUAUCUGCGAAGUCGGAUACGGGUGCGGCGUCCUUUCCGCCCCUUGAUGACAUGCUCUUGGACAGGCAACGAACGAGCUCACCAACAAACGCUAGUAGUGACUUUGAUGCCAGUACUUUGGCGUGCAGUUCUCCCGAACCCGAAGAUCCUAAUGUUGCCUAUGCCCGUACCAAGUUGCAAAUUAUUAAUAUUCGUAGGAAUGGCCAAAACGUGAGUAUGGUGGCACAGUUGGAGGAUAAACUCCGAGAAGCGAAAGGACAUUACUUUUUCGACGAGAGAGAUGCCGAGAGUCUGUAUCAGGCAGAACUUAAGAAAGCGAAUACCCAAAUACUGCAGGACAAAUUACGGGGUUUUCUUCCCCCUCGGAGGUCAGAGCACCCUAGGAGAGCCCUGUCCCCUGGCACGCCCACCAAAGCGCCCGAACCCAACUCCGAGCCAGACUUCUUCGAUGAAGGCGACGAAUCGUCUGGGGGCCUACUAGAACUCCUGGAAGCCAUCCCAGCCGGGACCCAAGACACGAAGGGCAACACGAUCCGUAUCAAAGAUAUGUCAUUUUCCAAGCAUGGGUCAACCAAGCUACCGAACUCAGCUCUCGUGGAAUACGCUUCUACAAUUGAUCGCUUUGCAACGGUAGAAUUCAAUAUCAUAUCGGGGUUGAGUAGGGCCAAGCGUGCUAGGGUUCGCGUGCUAUGGCCCUGGAAGGGAGUGGAUGAGUGGACAAUGGAAGACGUUGCCUGCCACGACGAGUCUCAGGCGCAGCAGUACAUUGCCACAGUUGCUCUGCAUGCCUUGAUAUUCUCAAAGGCGGAAGGAUUUGCCGUUGGAUCACAAACUGCACGGCCGGUAGGAUUCACUUCGUAUCGGUUCUUCCCACCUGCGUUUAGAAAUCUCUGGGACGAGUUGGACGCUACCUGGAAGAAUACGAAUGAUUGUAUCAAUCGCAGCAUUUGGACUAAGCUGCAGAAUGUUGCGGAGAAAAAGGUUCCAAGGGACCUACCCAGCGAAACCGGCCCAAAAGUUGGCACCGACAACAGGAGUGCUAGAUCCGGGUCGCCUGUCCGGCAAAAUCUCGAAGUAGAACCAGAUAAGUUGAUCGCAGAUUUCGAAGCGCGCCAGAAGCGCCCUGCCUACCAAGAAAUGCUUGCUCAUCGUGAAUUGUUGCCCAUUGCAAAGUUCCGCAAGCAGAUACUCGCAACUCUGGAGCGGUCGCGGAUUCUUGUGCUGUGCGGUGAAACUGGCUGUGGGAAGUCCACCCAAGUCCCAGCAUUUAUACUCGAGGAUCAUUUAGGGCGCGGGAAGCAGUGUAAAAUUUAUUGCACGGAACCCCGUCGUAUAUCAGCGGUGUCGCUUGCUCAACGCGUUUCGCGAGAAUUAGGUGAUCCCCCUGGCAUAGUUGGCACACCAAGUUCACUGGUAGGAUAUGCCAUUCGCCUUGAGAACCGCACAACGAGGAACACAAGACUGGCUUAUGUGACCACAGGUGUCGCCUUAAGAAUGCUGGAAGGUGGGCCCAGUGGUCUCACCCCCAGCACCGCCUUUGGCGAGAUCACUCACAUCAUUAUCGAUGAGGUUCAUGAACGUACCAUCGAAUCAGAUUUCUUGCUUAUGGUGCUUAAAUCUUUAGCACAGUCGAAGCCCCACCUAAGGAUCAUACUCAUGUCUGCAACACUAGACACUAACAAGUUCUCCGAUUAUUUCGGAGGUUGCCCUGUACUGCACGUUCCGGGUCGCACCUUCCCUGUGGACGUGUUUUUCAUGGAAGACGCAGUGGAACGCACGGGUUGGUCAAUAGCGGAAGAUUCACCUUAUGCAAAACGGCUGUUUGGCAACUCUCACAAAAACAGAACUCGCGUAGAUUGGGAAGAGAGUACCACAUUGGUCGCAGGAGAUGACGACGACGACGAAAGAACCGUGGUUAACGAAGAGCGUACCGCAACAUCUACCAAACUCGACAAGUCCUAUUCCGCCGGGACGCUGACCACGAUGAAGCUCAUUGACGAACGCUUCAUUCCCUACGAACUUAUCGUUCGUCUUCUCGAACAUCUAUGUUUCAAGGACGAGGCGAUCAGCGCCUACUCUAGUGCAGUGUUGAUAUUUAUGCCCGGCCUGGCUGAAAUUCGCCGCAUGAGCGAGCUCCUCUCAGAACAUGAAUUAUUUAGGAACGAAGAGUUGUUCCGUAUAUAUCCUCUGCACUCAACAAUCUCUACGGACGAUCAGCACGCGGUUUUUGACAUGCUGCCCUCUGGAGUUAGGAAGAUUGUCAUCGCGACAAAUAUUGCGGAGACGGGCAUCACAAUUCCUGACAUAACAUGCGUUAUUGACAGUGGGAAGCAUAGAGAAAUGAUGUUUGAUGAAAAGCGUCAGUUGAGUCGUCUGGUCGACAAUUUCGUCGCCAGAAGCAAUGCUGCUCAAAGAAGAGGUAGAGCUGGUCGACUACAGCGUGGUCUUUGUUUCCACCUGUUCACGAGGUUUCGUCAUGACACGUUGCUCGCUGAGCGUCCGUUACCGGAGAUUAUGCGACUAAGUCUGUCUGACAUUGCCCUGCGCAUCAAGACCCUAAAGGUGAACUUGGGCGAUUCAAUCGAGGGUGUUCUGUGCGGUGCUCUCGACCCACCCACUCCAGCCAACAUUCGCAGGGCCAUAUCUGCAUUGGUGGAGGCAAAAGCUCUCACAAUGACGGAAGACAUUACUCCGAUGGGUCGCUUGCUGAGUGCCCUUCCUUCAGAUGUAUACCUUGGAAAAUUCCUCCUGAUAGCUGUCGUCUUCCGAUGUUUGGACCCGGCGUUAACGAUUGCGGCCGCCCUUAACUCGCGAUCACUAUUCGUGAAACCCUUGGGGUUUGAACAUGAAGCCAAUAGGGCGAAAGACUCAUUUCAACUAUACAACUCAGACUUCCUCACAAUCUACAACGCGUUUUCAAGUUGGCGCAGGGCUUGUCACAAUCCAGGAUCCGCUCGCAAGUACUGUCGACAAAAUUUCCUCAGCUACGAAAACCUCCUACAAAUCGAGGAGCUGCGCCAACAGUUAUUUGGUUACCUCGUUGACUCGUCGUUCAUUGACGUAGACCCUGGGGUUAUGAGGGAACUUAAUCGGGCUCGUUUCGGCCGUAAUAACUCAUAUAAACCUCGUUUCGUGACCAUUCCAACUGAUUUGAACAGCAACAGCAAUAGUCUUUCGAUAAUCAAUGCUGCGGUCGUAGCGGGCUUGUUUCCAAAACUUCUUUCGACUGAUGCCACUACGGGCCAAAUGUGUACCAUAACGAACAACCAAGCAUACUCCUUCCACCCUUCGUCGGUGAAUUUCCGGAAGCAACCCAGGGAAUUGAGUGCCAAUCACAUUGUGCAUUACGCCUUGAUGCACUCGAAAAAGUUCUAUGCCCGGGAGACUGCGCCUGUGGAUGAUCUUGCCAUCUUGUUGGGAUGUGGGGAUUGCGAAUUUAAGCUCAUAUCCGACUCUGCCAUUGUGGACCGGAAAAUUAGAUAUCGCAUAACACCUAAGGCGAACGUCGCAAUAAAAAUUCUACGCAGGCAGUUGCAGAACAUCUUAGCACGAAGAUUUCAAGGGAAGCCGUUAACAGCGCUUCAAUCUCGAUGGUACGAACUCGCCAUGGUUGCACUCAGCGGACCCAAAGAGGGGUGUCAAAAUGCUACCGGGGGGAAUAUCAAGUUUAUCCACUAA